AUGACGAGCGGUCCUGGGAUGCCCAUGUCAGAGGUUCCAGACCACUACGGUGCCCCCAGCACCAUUCUGAGCUGCCCUGACUCAGGGUCAGCACCUGAGCAGCCCCUGGGUGGGCCUCUUCCCCCACAGCUGUAUGAUCUGUUCCCCUGGGCCUUCCGCCGCCUCCCAGGCCCCCACCAGAAGAUGUUUAGGUACCAGAAGGCUGUGCGAGGCUAUUUUUCCCGUGAGAUCAGCAGACACAAACUUAGGACACCUGAGGCCCCCAAGGACUUCAUCAGCUGCUACCAGGCCCAGAUCACGAAGGCCACGGACGACCCUGUCUCCACAUUCAAUGAAGAAAACCUGAUCCAGGUAGUGGUCGACCUGUUUCUGGGAGGCACCAACACCACGGCCACUACCCUGUGCUGGGCACUCAUCUACAUGGUCCAGCAUGGAGCCAUCCAGGAGAGGGUGCAGCGGGAGCUGGAUGCGGUGCUGGGCACCUCCCGGGCCAUCCACUACUAGGACCGCGAGCUACUGCCCUACACCCACGCCGUCCAUGAGGUGCAGCGCCUCAGCAGUGUUGAGACCGCAGGUGACUUGCGCCAGUGCGUGACCUCCACCCGUGUGCACGGCCACCCCGUGCCCAAGGGCACCAUCAUCUUGCCCAACCUGGCCUCUUUGCUCUGUGGCCCUGAGUGUUGGGAGACCCCCCAACAAUUCAACCCUGGCCACUUCCUGGACAAGGAUGGAAACUUCCUGGUCAAUGAGGUCUUCCUGCCAUUCUCUGUAGGGCAUCGGUGCGUAGGGGACCAGUUGGCUCGGAUGGAGCUCUUCCUGAUGUUUGCCACCCUCCUUAGGACCUUUUGGUUCCAACUGCCAGAGGGGAGCCCAGGGCUCAGGCUGGAGUACAUCUCUGGGGGCACUUGGCAGCCCCGGCCCCAGAAGAUCUGUGCCGUGCCCCGUCUGAACUGCCCCAACCCAGGUCCUGGAGAGGAGGGCGUGUAG